UUAUUUUAUCUUCUUUCAAAUUCAUAACAUAACAAACAAACAAAAAUUUUUAUUUUCAAAAUUCCAAUUUAACUUUAGCCAUCGAGGGAAGUCACCGGAUUUAGGACUCAGGAUUCAGGAGUGACCAUGAUUCUACUAUGAUUCUACACACUUAACACUUGCUACUGCUAAUCAUGCUUCAUGCACUUCUUAUUCUCAUUGCCUCUUACCAUCAGCUUCUGCAACUAUACCCACCAUUUUCUACUUUAAAUCAACCUUUUUUGUUCUUUAAUGUCUGCCAUUUCUGAGCUUCUAGAUUGAGAAAUGAAACAUGAAACAAAACCCAUUUCUACAUUGGAUUUAUACUUCAGAUGAAGCAUGAUCAAUUUUCAAUCAAGACUAAAUCUCUUAUCACCAUUCAGUCUUCACAACCCUAAAAUGAAAAAAAGGCAUAAGCUAGAUAUGCUAAGGAGUAAAUCCAUGGAAGCUCAUAAACCAACCUUAACUCGACGAAUUUCGAGUAAGGAGAGGAAAUUGGCUUUACUCCAAGAUGUUGAUAGAUUAAAGAAGAAGCUGAGACAUGAGGAAAAUGUUCAUAGGGCUCUUGAACGGGCGUUUACUAGACCUCUAGGGACUCUUCCUCGCCUCCCCCCAUACCUUCCACCCUAUAUCUUAGAACUUUUGGCUGAAGUUGCGGUUUUGGAGGAAGAGGUUGUUAGGCUGGAAGAACAAGUUGUACGUUUCAGGAAAGGUUUGUAUGAAGAAGCUGUAAAUAAUUCAUCCUCGAAUAAGAAUAUGGAAGCGACAAACCGAUCAAAUGACUCCAAAGAAUCAACAAAUGUAGUUCUUGCUGUAACCAAUUGCAUCAGUUCCGCAGAUUUAGAUGAUAGAAGAAAUAAAGAUUGCAUGAAAAACAAACCAAAAUCUCCAAAACCAAAGUCGCCUAUCGUGAGAACUCCCACUAAGAGGUUUUCCUUUGAAAAAAAAACAUCAGAGAAGCCCAUCGAGCGACAGAAAUCGCAGCUCGAUUGCAGAACUGACAGCCAAGACAACGCGGAUGCUAUAUCUUCUGUUUGUCAAAAUGAAAGGGCAUCGGGAGAUGAGAACCCAAAUUGGAUAUCCGAGAACAUUUUGAAUUGCUUAAUGAGCAUUUUGUCGCGAAUGAGUGUAUCAAGUAACAGGUUAAGUACCGAAAAAUUCCCUUCCUUAGUCAGACUAUCGGCUCAAGAAUCUGAUAAAGGAAAUGAGCUUCAAGAUCCCUACGAUAUUUGGCCUAAGGUUGGGAAAAGAGAUAUUGGUCCGUACAAGCAUUUGUGCGAGAUUGAUGCCCAAUCGAUCAGUGCAGAAAGAAAACCGAACUAUGUGUUCUUAAAUCGUCGACUAAGAAUACUUAUUACAAAACUCGCCUCUGUCAAACUUCAAAGACUCACUCACCAAGAAAAGCUUGCUUUCUGGAUUAAUGUCUACAAUUCUUGCAUGAUGAAUGCAUAUCUCGAACAUGGAAUCCCCGAAAAUCCAGAGGCAGUAGUUCAAUUGAUGCAGAAGGCAACAAUCAAUGUUGCGGGACACAUGCUAAAUGCUAUAACAAUCGAACAUUUUAUUCUGCGGUUACCUUACCAUUAUAAAUAUACAUUCUCAAACGGAUUUAAAAAGGAUGAGAUGGUUGCACGAAGCAUGUUUGGGUUGGAGUUAUCUGAACCCAUGGUUACUUUUGCACUCUCCUGCGGAAGCUGGUCAUCUCCUGCUGUGAGAAUCUACACAGCUGAUCAAGUUGAAAAUCAGCUAGAAGUCGCGAAAAAGGAUUACUUACAGGCAGCCGUUGGCAUUUCAAGAUAUAAUGAACUAAUUAUACCGAAACUUUUGGAUUGGUAUUUACUCGACUUUGCAAAAGAUUUGGAAUCAUUGCUGGACUGGAUUUGCCUUCAACUCCCCAAAGUUCUUAGAAAUGAUGCUAUGAAAUGCUAUGAGAGAGCUAAAGUUGAGCCUCUUUCUAAAAUUGUCCAUAUUAGGCCCUAUGAUUUCAGUUUCAGGUAUCUAUUACACAGAUGAAAUUGAUUAAUUUGGGCUUUACACAAAAUUCACAUAAAAGGAGAGUUAAUUGGAUACAAACCCGAUGAGGUACCAUCCUAAAACUGAGGGGUAAUACGAGGAAUGGCCCAUCAAGCUUAUAUAUUAGUCAACCUCUCUCUAAUACUUCGAUGUGGGAUCACAUAUGGGUUGUUUUCCAAUAGAUUCAAUCCCACUUUCCACGUUUCGAGUUUUCCUUCUUUAUGUUUUACUUUUUUGUGUUCGACUUGGGUUUUUGGGAUUCCGACUGGAUUUGGUUUUAUUGUGUAUACUUCUAUAGAUGUAUUAUCUUUGUAAUUGUAUCAUAGUUCUUGCCUUGGACACAUCUGUAUAAAUAUUCAAGAGGAAGUAUGACUGUUGUUUUUUGAAUGAU